AAUCACAAGCAAUUAUUGUGCAAAUGGCAAGCGAAAAAAAAUCGCUGGUCAGCUGCAUUAAAUGUAUUCCCUCGCAGUCAGAAUUAAAAAAGAAGCGCCCGCCAGAACCGGAUCAAUUUUCACCCGAUAUUAUAAAAAGCACCGUACUCCAAGAGAUCAACAAAUAUCGGCGCAUGCAUUGCGCGUGUCCUUUGCAGCUGCAGGAAAAGCUGAUGGAGCAGGCGCAGGCUUGGGCCGAUUAUCUGGCUCAGAAAAACUUGUUGGAGACAAGUCCUAAACCCAUUUAUGGCCAGAACAUUAUGUGCGCACACAAGGCCAUGUUUUGUGUGCCGCGCAUGAUCAAGUUAUGGUAUCAAGAAAAAUAUGAAUACAACUUCCUGAAGCCCGGCUUCGAUCUAUACACCGGUCAUUUCACCCAACUGGUUUGGUGGGCAACACAAUACCUGGGCGUUGGCGUUGCCUCCAAUGAGAAGCGUAUAUGGAUUGUUUGUUACUUCAAUCCACCCGGCAACGUACGCGGCCUCUAUAAGAAUAAUGUAUUGCCUCGUAAGCUAAUGCUAUCGGAUUCGGAAUCUGAAGAUGAAAAGAAACGACAUCGACACGCCAAGUCACUAUACAAGAAGUUGGUGGAACUGGAGGCCAAGCUGCCGAGAGCACGCUGCUAUGAAUACAUGAAGGCGCCUUGCCAACGUAGACGCUCCUUCAUAGGAGCCGCGUGAAUUCAAAAGAUGGCCAUAGUUUUCCCCCAAAAGUAAUACAAUGUUUAUUAUGAUUUCUGGACCGGCUAUCUAAUGCUUCUUUAAUUAUUGAAUAAACUGCUUAAAAGUUA